AUGAAUAGGUCUUCUCAAACAUCAAAUACUAUAACAUAGCUUUAAAAUGAAGUAGGUCUUUUUUAAAGCAAAGAUGUAUAAAAUGAAUAAUGGAGAAACUUAUUGAAUGUAGGAAGUUUAGUCGAUGUCAAUCUAGAUAUACCAUUUACUGAAGAGAGUGGUUGGGCAUAGGCGGAAAUAUCGGGCAUUGAUAAUGAUAAAAUAUCUUAAACAUAAUUCACUUACUAAGAAAGAUUAGAUAAUUUCUAUGAAAAUAUGCUAGUUGAUUUCAUUGGCAGUCAUUGUAAUUAUACGAGAUCAACUAUCAUUUCAAUAAUUAAGAAAAGUAGCCGUAUAGCAAGUGUGAAUGACAAUUACAUGAAAUAUGCAAGUAUUGCGCUAAGAGUAAAUUGUGAAAAGUGUGAAGAGAAAGAAUGGUAGAAUAGAAAAUACUUUGGAUACCCAAAUAGAUACAACCAACUUGUUUCUGUUUGUUCCUUGUAAAUAAGACCAUUUGGCUCAUAAACGUUAAAAGACGAUCCUCUAAUUCAUACUGCUGCAUUUGGAAGUUUAGAUCAGGUCAAAUAAUUAGUAAGUUAAGGAGAAGAUGUAAAUUAGAAUACAUUCUUUGAUGAAACUGCAUUUUUUAUGGCUUGCUACUAUAACAGAUUAGAAAUAGCUGAGUAUUUACUUCAAUUUGAAGUCAAUAUAAAUUAAUGGAUAAGAUAUCAAUUGAAUCCAUUAAUAGUGUCUAUUUAUCGUAACUAUCCUGAUAUUUUUAAAUUGCUUUUAAAGAAUGGAGUCUCAAUUGAUUUAUAAACUGAUGAUGACAUUGUCAAGGAGGAUAUAAAGUAAAAAUUUUCUUAAAUAGAGACAGUGAUAUUUGCACACUAAGAGUGGUAAAGAAUCAAAUUUAACCUGAAAAUAUUAGAUAUAGCACUUUUAUAAAAAUAAAAUAAAGUCAAUAGGCAAAAAGAAAAUGUGAAGAAUAAUUUGAUUUAGGAUUUAGCUAAGAUAAACAAGAAUAUUUUAUUUACUGUGAUAGAAAAAUAUUUGUGA